AUGUCUAUGCAAAUGCUAAUAACACCAAAGAACAAGUACAACCCCAAACUUCUCAAACAGAUCAAAAAAAUCAACAACCUAAGAGGCAAACCAGAGAACAGUUAUAAAUUCGAUGCUUCAAAAUACAAAGAACUCGAGUUGUUUGUAUACCAACAACGCCCGUUUGUGUACAAGCCAGCACAUGGCAUCAGGUAUUUCUGGAAAGAGUCAUUACCUACGUUGAGGUACCACAAUCCAGACGUUCAAUUCACUGUGACCAAUGUAACUGUUGAAAACGAAGAGGAUUUGCCUAAAUUGCCAUUAAAAUUGCAAAUCCAUGGUCAAACAGAGGAGAAUAACUCGGUGAUUGAGUGUGCUAGUAAACCACCGCACCAGAUUUUCAGUGAGCUUAUUAAACUUACGAAUGCAAGACAAUUGACCGAGGAAGAAAUUCCAAAGCUCCCACUCAAACCAGCUAAAAAGUAA